AGCAAUAAAAGUGAACAAAGUCAUAAACUACUGUUUGUUUCUAACUUGUUUCUUUCAAAUGUCUUUCAGCAAAUCCUCCACCUGCUUAUAAAUAUGUCCUUUCUGUUGAGAUGAACAUCACAGAGUUGAUAAUAGUCAACAUGUUGAGGAGCAUUCUGAGAAACAUCUCCUACCCACUUAGUAUCAAGAGAAACACACAGAUCAAUCAGUCCAAUAUCACUACAGUUUGCACUCCAAUCAAUAAUGGUCACCAGUGCAUUUGUGAGGACCAGUAUCGGUGGUCAUGUGACCAGUGUCUGAUGUAUGGAGCAUGUGACCAGAUCUUUGCAGGCUCAUGUGGAUGCAUCAACACCAUUCCUUCUGACAGAAACUUCUGCCAGUCUCUGUAUCAACACAGUAAGAAGUUUGAAACAGUUCUAUCUUUCUGUGGACAAACACAGAGUCAAAUCAAGACAAACUUUAUUCCUGUUCCUAUUGUUUUUUCAGAUUUCACUGAUUGUCUUCCUACAACACAUUUACCACCUACAACACAUUUAUCCCCUACAACAUAUUUACCACCUACUACACCAAAUCCUCCACCUGCUUAUAAAUAUGUCCUUUCUGUUGAGAUGAACAUCACAGAUUUGACAACAGUCAACAUGUUGAGGAGCAUUCUGAGAAACAUCUCCUACCCACUCAGUAUCAAGAGAAACACACAGAUCAAUCAGUCCAAUAUCACUACAGUUUGCACUCCAAUCAAUAAUGGUCACCAGUGCAUUUGUGAGGACCAGUAUCGGUGGUCAUGUGACCAGUGUCUGAUGUAUGGAGCAUGUGACCAGAUCUUUGCAGGCUCAUGUGGAUGCAUCAACACCAUUCCUUCUGACAGAAACUUCUGCCAGUCUCUGUAUCAACACAGUAAGAAGUUUGAAACAGUUCUAUCUUUCUGUGGACAAACACAGAGUCAAAUCAAGACAAACUUUAUUCCUGUUCCUAUUGUUUUUUCAGAUUUCACUGAUUGUCUUCCUACAACACAUUUACCACCUACAACACAUUUAUCACCUACAACAUAUUUACCACCUACUACACCAAAUCCUCCACCUGCUUAUAAAUAUGUCCUUUCUGUUGAGAUGAACAUCACAGAGUUGACAACAGUCAACAUGUUGAGGAGCAUUCUGAGAAACAUCUCCUACCCACUCAGUAUCAAGCGAAACACACAGAUCAAUCAGUCCAAUAUCACUACAGUUUGCACUCCAAUCAAUAAUGGUCACCAGUGCAUUUGUGAGGACCAGUAUCGGUGGUCAUGUGACCAGUGUCUGAUGUAUGGAGCAUGUGACCAGAUCUCUGCAGGCUCAUGUGGAUGCAUCAACGCCAUUCCUUCUGACAGAAACUUCUGCCAGUCUCUGGAUCAACACAAUUUCACUCAUUGUCUUCCUACAACACAUUUACCACCUACAACCCAUUUAUCACCUACAACAUAUUUACCACCUACUACACCAAAUCCUCCACCUGCUUAUAAAUAUGUCCUUUCUGUUGAGAUGAACAUCACAGAGUUGAGAACAGUCAACAUGUUGAGGAGCAUUCUGAGAAACAUCUCCUACCCACUCAGUAUCAAGAGAAACACACAGAUCAAUCAGUCCAAUAUCACUACAGUUUGCACUCCAAUCAAUAAUGGUCACCAGUGCAUUUGUGAGGACCAGUAUCGGUGGUCAUGUGACCAGUGUCUGAUGUAUGGAGCAUGUGACCAGAUCUUUGCAGGCUCAUGUGGAUGCAUCAACGCCAUUCCUUCUGACAGAAACUUCUGCCAGUCUCUGUAUCAACACAGUAAGAAGUUUGAAACAGUUCUAUCUUUCUGUGGACAAACACAGAGUCAAAACAAGACAAACUUUAUUCCUGUUCCUAUUGUUUUUUCAGAUUUCAAUGAUUGUCUUCCUACAACACAUUUACCACCUACAACCCAUUUAUCACCUACAACAUAUUUACCACCUACUACACCAAAUCCUCCACCUGCUUAUAAAUAUGUCCUUUCUGUUGAGAUGAACAUCACAGAGUUGAGAACAGUCAACAUGUUGAGGAGCAUUCUGAGAAACAUCUCCUACCCACUCAGUAUCAAGAGAAACACACAGAUCAAUCAGUCCAAUAUCACUACAGUUUGCACUCCAAUCAAUAAUGGUCACCAGUGCAUUUGUGAGGACCAGUAUCGGUGGUCAUGUGACCAGUGUCUGAUGUAUGGAGCAUGUGACCAGAUCUUUGCAGGCUCAUGUGGAUGCAUCAACGCCAUUCCUUCUGACAGAAACUUCUGCCAGUCUCUGUAUCAACACAGUAAGAAGUUUGAAACAGUUCUAUCUUUCUGUGGACAAACACAGAGUCAAAACAAGACAAACUUUAUUCCUGUUCCUAUUGUUUUUUCAGAUUUCAAUGAUUGUCUUCCUACAACACAUUUACCACCUACAACCCAUUUAUCACCUACAACAUAUUUACCACCUACUACACCAAAUCCUCCACCUGCUUAUAAAUAUGUCCUUUCUGUUGAGAUGAACAUCACAGAGUUGAGAACAGUCAACAUGUUGAGGAGCAUUCUGAGAAACAUCUCCUACCCACUCAGUAUCAAGAGAAACACACAGAUCAAUCAGUCCAAUAUCACUACAGUUUGCACUCCAAUCAAUAAUGGUCACCAGUGCAUUUGUGAGGACCAGUAUCGGUGGUCAUGUGACCAGUGUCUGAUGUAUGGAGCAUGUGACCAGAUCUCUGCAGGCUCAUGUGGAUGCAUCAACGCCAUUCCUUCUGACAGAAACUUCUGCCAGUCUUUGGAUCAACACAGUAAGAAAUUUCACUCAUUGUCUUCCUACAACACAUUUACCACCUACAACCCAUUUAUCACCUACAACAUAUUUACCACCUACUACACGUAA